GACGCUUCACCAAACCAAAUCAGGCAGACAUUCUGCUCAACGUGCUCUAUUGUGACUUUGCCUUUCUUAGUUGUUAUUAAUUGAAAUAUCAUGAUAAAUCGUAGUAAUUACUUGUAAUAACAUUUAGUGUAUACACCGCUAGAAACUAGGUAUUCAUUGUGUUGAAAAGGCACACUACAUAUUUCAUAUUUGUUACUGGAAACUUUCAUUCAACAAUUGGUCAACCCUUUGUUUAAUUAAGGGCAAAAACUAAGGCACCUUCUUUGUCUGAAAGGCAACAAUUACAGUUUUCGUAAGGUUCCAAAACAUUGCAAAUUGGUUGACAAUAUCAUUACAAUGGAGUUUUAUGGAUGGGAAAGUCCGAAUAUGAUGGUACAAACAUAUCAUCAUCAUCAUUCGCCAAUUGAAUCGAUUUCGCCGGAUGAUCCUCGCCUCACCCCCACGAGCUACACCCCCACGGCGUAUCACCACCACUACCUCGGAGAAGGAAGAGAGGAGUUGGUGAUGACGACCACAUCACCGUCUUUGCCUCCAGAACUUAAUUCUUCUUCCAUGAUAAUCCGACCCGACGCGCGAGAAAGAGUUGUACACCAACAGUUUUCGAAACAAGUUGAAAAGUUCUUACAAAUUGAUUUUGCUGCUUAUGAGACAAAAAUGUGGAAGUCUGAGCUAUCCAAGGUGCUGAAUAUUGUGCGGAAAAAUUAUUCAAAGUUGCCCUCUUCCUCGUCGAUUGAAGAAUUCAUAAAAAUAUUGCUGUCAAGUCAGAGUCAAAAUCCUAGUAGUAAGAAAAAUGCUGCCGAAGACAUGUACAUCAUGGCCCUUCGAGCCUGUGUGGAACUAAUCUCUCUUCCUGAACUUCAGCCUGUCAACCUCUCUGAAUUUAUCGACCUCUUGAUUCGAGAAAUGUUGGAUGAAGUUUUGCGACAGGCUCCUCAACGCCAGCCACAAAUUGAACAAAUUCGACAGGACUACUUGUACCGAAAUAAUCAAAAAGCCAUGAAAAUCACACCACCGGCGGGUCCCGUUAAUUAUGACGUUUUAGAAAUCAACAUUCCCACUUUUGUAUCUUUGCAACAUCAAUUAUUCGAAGUUGAGGAUGGCGAGUAUUUACAACAAGUGCAGAAACAGACCGAGCUGCUUCUCGUGUUCUCCUACCUUUCAGACGAACAAAAAUUGGAUUGUUUUAUGAAAUUCUGCUCAACUGAAGUACCUGAGGCUGGUGGAACCAUGUGGCAAAUGAAGCUACUUUUGUGGGUCCUUUCCGAAAUUCUGCAACGAAUGAGCGUUAUUCCUCCCAUUGUGCAACCAGAACUGGAACGACUCUUCAAAAAAUUGAUAAACAAUUCUUCCAAACAAAACUUACUCGAGUUGAUCUCCCUUCGACAACAGUUCAAUAAAUUACUGCCCGACUUUAUCUUCCAAAGUAUUGAUAAUAUAGCGAAGAAACGUUACGCCGCGUGGGGACAGUUGGUGGCAUGUACUCCAGAAAAAAAUAGGUUCCACUUUCUGGAAACAUCCGUUCAAGAGAUGUUCCAAAUUCAGAAAACCCUCACAGACUUUGAUGCAUAUUUCAAAUACAGACAAUCGCUGUUGCAGUACCAGCAAAGUGAAUUCAUCCAGGCAUCACCGUUGCCCAUGUUGUCGUCCCCCAUUCAAGAAGUAGUUCCUCUGCCAUUAUCACCAUCCCCAUCACAAUUCCGCUUACCAAUCAUAGAGUCGAAAAAGCCUGUCAUGCGAACCACAGACGAUCUCAGAAUCAUAGAUGACAUUCCUGACGACAAUGAAAACUGUGUAGAUUAUGACCACUUUGAUCGAAACAUAUUGUUUUCCCCAGUCCCUCGAAAUCCAUCCGACCUAGAAUUCGAUGCUCACCGCCAUAGAAAGGUGAGGAAUUCUCAUCCUAAAAGAAAAAUUGUCGUCCCACCUCCUCGAUCCGAUAUUGCCGAGUUUCUCAAGAUGUGCAGAGAGGAAGCGGUUCGCAUUCGGGCGGAGGAAAUUGCCCCCCAACCCAAGAAACGGAGCAGUGAUGAUUCAUCAACUCGAGAGGGCAAACGAUCUGAUGAUGCUCAACCGGACGGUGGUGCAGCCGUGGUUGCCAAGAAGGUAAAAAAGAAUGUGGUGGGCGGCGGCAACCGAACAAAAGGUAUCCGAUAAGGACCCGAAUGUCUGACACGAAGGUCCCUAAAAAUUGUAGAAUAAAUAGCCAGUAAAUAGAAUAUAUAUACACAUUUUGACUUAACACAAGACAAUGCAAGACUGUAACCCAUGCGUAAUAUGCAUUUAUAUUAAUCGCGAUACAAUUUUAAUCAUUUCGACGAAUGAUGAUAUGAUAAUUAUAAUGAUGGAUUUAGCGCAGCAGUGAGUUUUUAUUAUGCUUAAAUAAAUCUCUCCAAUUUUUUUUGUUACUUAA